AAACCUCAAACAAAAUAUUUGGAAAACAAACAUAUUAACAUCAACAACACCCAAUUCUGAAUUUGCCAAAUUAAAAAUAUACCUCAGUGCUAUAAGCUAUAGGAAAUAACGAAAUCAAUUCCGCCUUAAAACCUGGAGCUCUAAUGUUUAAAUUUUCUGCUGGUGUUUUCUUACUCCAACAUCUUGGGAUUCAUUCGAUGAAAUGGUGGUCUUGGAACAUUGUAUGGGUUACAUCAAACGUCUCAAGCUAAGAACUGUAACAAUUUCUGUGAUCGUUUCAAGUUUGGUACUUAUAACCUAUCAAAUAAUGAUUAGUUAUAAAAUAACUGAUAGCGGUAUUCAAAAUCAGCCCAAAAAUACCCAUAACGUAGCUGAUAGCAGUUUUGAAAAUCAAGCCGAAAAUUCCCGCUUAGAAAAAGAAGAAACUAGAAAAAUAGAAGGAAUAAGUAGUUGGAAAAAGUUUCAUUCUGAUGUUGAGAAUUCAAUCCAUUCAAUACAGAAUAAUUUAACAUUUAAAGGUGUGCUUAAAAAUGAUAAAAAGUAUAUACCCAAUAGCAAUGGAAAAAUUGUCUGCUCUUUGGACUCCAUAGAAAUAGAUGUAUCAAGAGUAAACGAUGAUUAUUGCGACUGUCCUACUGACGGAAUGGAUGAACCUGGAACUAAUGCUUGUCAACAUGGGAAGUUUUUUUGUGAAUACCAAGCUAAAUCCAAACACCAUCUCAAAUCGGUUCCUUCUAGUCGAGUCAAUGAUGGAAUCUGUGAUUGCUGUGAUGGGUCAGACGAAUGGGGAGGCAUGGUGCUUUCUAAUAGGCUCUCUGAUGACAUCCAGAAAUCACUAGGCAGAUUCCAGACCCCAUGUUCAAACCAUUGUUAGAUCUCAAAACUGUGAUGUUACCUUGUAUUUUACAGUAAGUUUUUAUUUUUUAAAUACAGCAGAAAACAAACUGAA